AUGUUGCCUCAAAAAAAGGAGCAGGUCCUGCUACAGAACACAGCGCCCCCUGGACGCCCCCCGCAGGGUCCUUCACAAUUUGUGCACCCCUUGACACCCAACUAUCCUUCUCACUCCCAGUCUCCUGCCCACGGGGAAGGCCCGCCCAGCUCCACCUACACUUUCCUGAGUGCAGGGGUGUUCCCCAAGCAGCAGGCAUGGCACUGGCAUCAGUCCAGGAGCACCACGUCCCCUGGGGAGGCGGAGGGGUGCGUGUCAAGCGGGAGGGACCCUGCAGAUUUCAGGGACCCCGGAGCCCUGGCGCAGGCCCUGGUGGUCCAUCUGGGGCCUCGACGCAUCGCUCAAGACCUGCGGCUGCUGCUGCUGCAGCGUCUGUGGCUCGGCAACAACGGCCAGGCCCCGGUCGUGGAGUACCCUGUGUGCCUGGUGUGUCUCCAGCUCCGCAGCCCCUCCUGCCCCAUCCCCAGGUACAAGACUGGCCCCCACCUGCUUGCCUUCCCCCAACUACUGCCCUGCGCCAAGGACCAGGAAUCUGGACUGCUCCGCCUCGGCAUCGGUUUUGGCCUCCGCCUGCCUCGGGGCCAGGCCAAGGCCUUGCAUCUGCUGCCAAAAAAAAGGCCAGAGAAACCAGAGCCUCAGCAGGUGGCCGCACAGGCCCAUCAAACAUCUCCGCCAGCCCCCAGGGCGCCAACCCCAAUGCCUUGGGCCUGGGAAAAUUCAGUCCCAGGCACAUUCUCGCAGACAGAGAGCCUCAUAUCUGCAGGCCCUCCCUCACCAAACUCCACCCAGUGUCCCGGCUCUCCAGCCCAGGCUCCAAAGCUGCACAAGGCCUCCCCGAAGCCCAGGCCUUGCUCUGCCCCAAAGAGGCCUGCCUCUCCAGAACCCUUUCUCCAAAGGUCGCCACCCUAG